AUGUCAAGCACGGCGGAAACGACGGACAAGCAUCAAAACGCAAAACAGUCCAACGAACCCUUCCCAGUCACGGACAAUGACAUCUCCAGCAAUGACCCCAAAGAAGAACUGAAGGGCGAAACGCGAUACGACGAUGACGAUGACCGGGGCAGCACGAGGGAAAUGGCCAAGCGCCUAGAAGACGACCUCGCCGUGUUGGAGGCAGAGCGGGUAGUGUCGCGCUCUACGCACGAUGGGCAGUCCCGACAAGGCGAAUCCCUGGCCGCGAGUCGAUCGCACCGGUCGCGCGCAGACGAGUUCGAUGAAGCGACGAAUCCGUUGCAUGAGGUGGCGGCCGUCUACAACCCCCCCGAGACUCCAAACACAACGAUUGCCGCCUUUAUUAAAAAGCUUCACGAGUCGAGCUUUAUUGUGCGCUACCUCACCUAUAUUGUUCCAGUGGUGCUGCUUCUGUUGAUACCGCUGCUGGUGGGGGCAUUGGCUUAUCCAGACGCCAGUGUGGGAGGGGUCUCGUUGCUGUGGUUUUCGGUUUGGUUGCAGAUUGUCUGGCUGACAAUCUGGGCUGGAAGGGUCGUGGCCAAGUGCGUUCCAGUCCCGGUGGGCAUCCUGGCCAGUAUCUUCACCAACGACGCGAAGAAAUGGCGCAACGUCGCAAAGCAGCUACAGAUCCCGAUGACUUUGUUUUUCUGGUGGUUGGGGGUUGAGAUAUCUUUCUUGCCUACCAUGAAGAACCACCACUUGGACGGCGACAAGCAGACCCAGGGAUGGGAAAUGACCCUGAAUAAAAUCAUAAUUACCAUUUUCGUGUGGACGAUCUUGAAUCUCAUUGAGAAACUCAUCAUCCAAUUGAUUGCCAUCAGCUUCCAUACGCGCACCUAUGCCGACCGGAUCGAGGUUAAUAAAUUUCAGAUUGGCAGUCUUGCGAAACUGUAUGCCUACUCUCGGAUCAAACUGGCAGACAAGGGUGACGAUGAGUUUGCAGAGCAGCAGGGCGCGACCAGCACCGGGAAGAGCACACCGCUGACGAAGCCACUCCAAUACGCCGGCAAAGCACAAAAGGUGGCCAAGGGAGCUUUGAACAGAGUGAGUGAUUUGGCAGGGACCAUUGCUGCGGACUUUACUGGCAACAAGGCUGUGAAGCGCAAUGAUCCCCAGCAAGUUGUCAUAACUUUACUGCGGACAGUUUCUGGGUCUCAAACGCUGGCUCGCCGGCUCUAUCGGACCUAUGUACACGAAGAUACUCUCAAUCCUGGGGACCUGAAGGACGCAUUCGAUAGCAUCGACGAAGCGGAGGCCGCAUUUGGGAUGUUCGACAAGGAUCUCAAUGGGGAUAUUGCCAUGGACGAGCUGGAAGCAGUCUGCGUCGAGAUUGGCCGUGAACGAAAGGCCAUUACUGCGUCUUUAAAAGAUCUUGACUCUGUGGUAGGGAGGCUCGAUAAUGUCCUUGAGGCUCUUGUCGUCAUCAUCACGAUAAUAGUCUUCCUAUCAUUGAUCUCAACAUCAGCGGCUGGUGUCCUGACUUCUGCCGGGUCAACAAUUCUCGCUUUAUCCUGGCUAUUUUCUACUACGGCGGUGGAGUUCCUCCAAUCUGUUGUAUUCGUGUUCAUUAAGCACCCAUUUGAUGUGGGCGACCGGGUGACCAUUUAUGGUAAUGCUGGGGCGAGUGGCCGUGGUGAUGAUUAUUUUGUUAAAGAGAUUUCUCUCCUCUACACGGAGUUUAAGAAAAUGGAGGGCCACGUCGUGCAGGCCCCAAACUCUGUCUUGAACUCCAUCUUUAUUUUGAACCAGCGUCGCUCUGGGGCUCUCGCAGAAGCAGUCCCGAUAACCAUCAAGUAUGGAACAAGCAUCAAUCAGGUGGAAUCUCUCCGCCAGCGGCUCAUGGAAUUUGUUACCAGCGAACGACGCGAAUUCCAAUCCACUGUCUUGACAGAGAUGCGUGAGGUCACUGAGAAUUUCUCCAUCACACUUAAUAUCGUGUUCUUCUACAAGUCGAACUGGCAAAAUGAAGGGCUUCGUCUGCAGCGGCGGAACAAGUUUAUCUGCAUGCUCAUGACUGCCCUGCAGGAGAUUGGCAUCCAUGGCCCACGCAUGAACUGGCCUGGAGCCCGUGCCGAUAUCCCCUUUCAUCUGGCGGGUUUGUCGCAUUUGUCCCCCAGCCAUCAAUCAGACCGACCAAACACCAGCAACAGCAGCGGUCCGUCUCCUCCUAUCCUCCGGAAAGGAAUGGAUACCGCUGCGGCCCAAGCCCGGGGCGAUCGCCCUUCGGUCUCCAGGCACGUGGAUUUCUCGCUCGGGAUGCAGGCCGUCUCUUCAGCUGACGUGAUGGGCGACGUCUUUGAGGAGCGCUCCAGCCGAACUGCUGAUCUUCUCCGCACCGUGACUCGGGUGUCAAGCCAGGAACAAGGUCGUCGUUCGCGUUCAAUCCACUCCACCCAGAGUAAAUUAUCCCUCGCUAGCAAUCAAUCCGCUCGCCAUAGAAGCACACACAACUUGAGCGAGCCUGACGUGGAACGAGCGAAUGGCACGGAGCUCACCACUGCGCCGACUGUUCCGGAUCCUCAUCGUCACUGA